UUGAACUAACCAUAAAGCACCAUAGCUACCGAAAUUAGGACUGAAGUGUUAAUAAAAGUGAUUUAAUUAUAUGAAUAGUUAUCACCUACGGAGUCAUCCAAGCCGAGGUCAUCUUAAUCUGUAAUUAAUAACAUAUUAAGUACCAACUGCAGACACGCGUAAAAUUAAGUUUCAAAAUGACCGACGAGAAAAAACUCUAUCCUAACUAUGAUAUGGAUAUAUGGUUUCGGACAUGCGACCAAGAGAUCACUGAACCCUUGGAAGGAAAACUGAAAGGCACCAUUCCAUCGUGGAUAAAAGGCACUCUUCUGAGGAAUGGCCCUGGAUGUAAGAAAAUCGGUGACUGUCAGUAUAAACACGUAUUUGAUGGAUUAGCAAUAAUACACAGAUUCGCUGUAAAAGAUGGUCGAGCUACUUACCAAUGCAAAUUCCUGCAUUCAGACGUGUAUAAGAAGAACACUGCCGCCAAUCGCAUUGUGGUCACGGAAUUUGGAACUAUGGCGGUUCCAGACCCCUGCAGAACUAUUUUUGACAGAAUAUCCUCAAUGUUCAACUUCAGUAUCGAGCAGACUGAUAACACAGUGGUAUCAGUGUAUCCUUUCGGCGAUCAAAUAUACACUAUGACAGAAGUGCCCGUCCUCUAUCAAAUAGAUCCGGAAAGUUUGGAGACCAUAGGCCAAAAGCGACUUCCAAGGUCGCUAAUAGUGUUUCACACGGCCCAUCCUCACGUGAUGUCUAAUGGUGACCUGUACAAUGUGGGCCUAAGCACCGACAAAGGCUACGUUGUAGUCAAGUUUUCUAACAAUAAAGAAGGUGACAUAUUCGAAACCGCAGAGGUCGUGGGCAGCAUGAAGCCAAGGUGGCGACUGAAUCCAGCGUACAUGCAUUCUUUUGGUUUAACUGAAAACUAUUUCGUCAUCAUUGACCAACCAUUGUGCGUAUCUCUGGUAAACAUGGUGCGUCGAUAUAUCGUCCCUGAACCAUUCUCGACAACGAUUGUCUCCUAUCCAGAAUACGAGACAAACAUCAUCCUCAUACAUCGGGAGACUGGAGCAACAACUCAGUACACCACAGACACUCUAUUCUUCAUGCACAUUAUUAAUUGCUUUGAGCUGGAUGGAAAGGUGCUAGUUGAUUUGUGCACCUACAAAGAUGGAAAUAUAAUAGACGCCAUGCACCUGGAUGCGAUUAAGAAUAUGCAAAGUAAUCCGGACUACGGCCAAUGGGCCCGGAGUCGCCCUAAACGCAUAACGAUCCCUAUAGAUGCACCGGAAAAUACCAAAGUUGAAGCUACACUUCUGGCAGAUGUGGGAGUCGAGAUGCCAAGGAUCAAUUACGAAAUGUACAACGGAAGACCAUAUAAAUAUUUUUAUGGAAUGGGAUCUGAUGUAGAUACGGAGUACUCUGGUAGGAUUAUUAAAGUUGAUACUGAAACGGGGAAUUACAAGCAAUGGUACGAACCGCAGUGCUAUCCGAGCGAGCCCAUAUUCAUACCUCAUCCCGAUGCGAAGGAUGAAGAUGAUGGUGUGCUGCUUAGUUCAGUUCUGUGGGGUGAUAACGACCAUGCAGUCACAUUGAUAGUGUUAAAUGCAAAGAAUUUAGAAGAAAUGGCGAGAGUUGAUUUCACUACACCCUCGCAGACUCCUAGAUGCUUCCACGGCUGGUACUUUCCCGACCGGACUUCAGUAAAAUUAUAACUUUAUAUUUAUGUGUCGAAAUAAGUUUUAUAGAGUACUUUUAAGAUAACCCAUUAGCAUAUAAAUUCAAAUACUUUUAACGGUAAAUAACU